GUUUGACGGAUGUAGCUGUGCUGCCAUUGGUCGGGUCCACAAUGAAUAAGCACAUUUGUCAUAACCGGUAUCAAAAUAUCACUGUGUCACUGUGUCGAAGCGGACGUAAACGCCGCGGCGGAUUUGUCAACAACUUGUAUCUUAUUGUUCUCCUAAAAUAAUUUAAAACGACAACGAAUGCGUUCCUUGCGUGAAUUUUUAAUGCGAUGAUGGAAAUGUAAGCAAGCAAAACACUGGAUUCUGGUUUUUCGAGUUCAAUCAGAGCGAGAAACUCGAGCUAAGUUUCAGUUUGCUAGCCGUAGAGUUGCGUUUUUGUUUGUAAACACACGUCUGUCUAAAGUCGUAGCGAUGGCUGAUGGAAGUUCUUUCAACGUAAAGUUGUACAUUUAUGACCUGUCAAAAGGAUUGGCCCGUCAGCUGAGUCCCAUGAUGUUAGGAAAGCAAGUCGAGGGAAUAUGGCACACAUCUAUAGUGGUUUAUGGGGAAGAGUUUUUCUUUGGAGGAGGAGGCAUUAUGAGCUGCUUUCCGGGUGGUACUAUUCUAGGUAUGUCUGAUUCCACAGUGGACCUUGGAAACACAGAAGUUCCCCGGGACCUUUUUCAGGAAUAUCUGUCUUCGCUCAGGGAGUCUACUUACAGACCUGAAAAAUACCACCUCUUUGAACACAACUGUAACACCUUUAGCUCUGAGGUUGCACAGUUUUUAACAGGAACUAAGAUUCCCUCAUACAUCACUGACCUCCCAUCUGAGGUGCUCGCUACACCUUUUGGACAAGCACUCCGUCCUUUUCUCGAUUCAGUCACCAUCACUCCAUCGGGGGAUAAUGGCAUGAAUGGAUAUGGCCAGUGGUAGAUCUGGCUGCAUCUAAAAAUGUAUUACAGCAGUCAUGAAGCUUGUGUAUCAGACUUAUAAUAAUUAUAAUAGUUUGCUUAUGUUUCACCCAUUGUGCCUAUAUAAAUAGCAUUUAUAUAAAAGCAGGUCUUCCACAUUUUCUGCUCAGUGCCUUUUCAAACUCAAGGGAUGAGUUUUUCAGUCUCUUGAACUUACCUUCAGUGAUCUGUGGUGUAAACAGAUAGACCGGCUUAUCUGUAUAGUUGACUUUUCAGUACAGGAUUUACAGUUCUACUGGUACAAACUACCAGUAGCAACAAAAUGUUAGCUAUAAUAACCCCUGUGGAUGUUUGAAAUGCAAAAUGUAUUUUAUAAAACUACAAAGUAGCAUUAUAAUUACUAGGCAAUUGUUUGCACUAAUCUUUAAAAAAAACAGCCAACUUUUUAAAUAAUUUAAUUGUACUGAAGCAAAUUGUAUCAGGAUUCCCCUCAACAGUCUGUAGGUGUCUCUGUUCUACCUCAACAUGAUCUGUUAUGUCAGAUGCUUUAAGAGGAAUAGAGGAUGAGAAUUAGGUUGCUAAUUAUUAAAAAUAUGCUAUUGACUCUUUCUGUGUUGUAAGUUGUUAUCUAAAUCAUACCUUUACUCAGAACAACAUUUUUAUCAAUCCUAGAGUGCCAUGAAUGUAUAUUGAAGAGGGUUUAAGGGAUCAGUGACGUUGCAAGAAGCACAGGGUCUCACAGAUGAAGCUAACGAAUGUUUUAUAAAAUGUCCAGGUGUUACCAGCAAUGGACCCAAUAGGAAAGUUGUUGUAUUUUAAGUCUUUUGACUCUUGUCCAAUUGCUUCUAAUAUAGUAGGAAUGUGGCUUUGGUGACCAUUAUUAGUAAUUAUUUGACUAGCAGUAUGCAAUUCAUAAUUAAGUGGUUUGAUGGUAAAUGGUCUGAAAUCUCUAAAGUCCAUAUAGGACCAAUGUAAUCAUAACAAACACAUUAACAAUGAGACCUAUGUAUGAUUUUUAACCGGUUUAUAAAAAUGUGAACAAUUUGUAACUUGAGAUUUUAUAAAUGAAAUACAUUCCUAGUAGUAAUUUCACAGUAAGGUUUAUUUUAGUAGGUUCAGGUUAUGCUGCCUGAUUGAUCUGUGCUACUAUUGUUCUAAAAAAAAAUCAACCUCAUUCAUGUUUUUAAAUGUGUUAUGUUAAACAUCAUUGUAUCUCAGCUGUAAACAAAUAAAGACAUUCUGAAAGUGUAAA